AUGUGGGAACGAACUCUGCAAGAUCUGAUUCGCGGUCUUCGUGCCAACAAGAAGGAUGAAUCCAAGUUCAUUUCCAAGGCCGUGGAUGAGAUACGGACGGAAAUCAAGAGCGAGGACAUGGAGCUCAAGGCCGGCGCAGUGCUGAAGCUGACAUACCUCGACAUGCUGGGCUAUGAUAUGAGCUGGGCGUCGUUUCACGUCGUGGAAGUCAUGUCUUCGCCACGAUACCACCUGAAGACGGUUGGCUACUUGGCAGCCACCCAAACGUUCAACCAGGACACCGACGUACUCAUGCUCACCACGAACUUACUGAAGAAGGAUUUAACAUCAACUCCAGCAGAUGUUGCGGUUACAUUGAACGGCAUAUCGCAUAUAGUCACCCCGGAUUUGGCUCGCGAUCUGUCGCAUGAACUGCUCACGAUGCUUACUCACUCUCGCGCGAACAUACGCAAGCGUGCUGUCUUGGUGCUGUACAAGGUCAUCACUAUGAACCCAGACGUUGCGGAGCGAGCCAUCGGUCGGCUGAAAGAAAAGCUGGACGACCCAGACCCAGGUGUCGUCGCUGCCACUGUCAACGUGAUAUGUGAGCUGGCCCGUCGAAAUCCAUCAGACUACCUAGAUCUCGCACCUCAGCUCUUCCACCUAAUGACGACGUCUCCGAAUAACUGGAUGCUCAUCAAGAUCAUCAAGUUGUUCGGCUCAUUGUCCCCUCACGAGCCACGGCUAGUCAAGAAGCUGCAACCUCCCAUUACAGAACUCAUAUCGACAACACCCGCCAUCUCUUUGCUAUACGAGUGCGUCCAUACGUGUAUAAUUGGCGGCAUGCUCCAGGGUGCAAACGGAAGCAACCUGGCAAGACUGUGCGUCUCAAAGUUAGCUGCGUUCAUACAAGAUUCCGAUCAAAACCUCAAGUACAUCGCCCUCCUGGCCAUGGUGAAGAUUGUGCCGACACACCCGCACCUCGUUGCCGAGUACCAGGAUACCAUCCUGGCUAGCGUCAACGAUCAAGACAUCAGCAUACGGAUGCGUGCUCUUGACCUCGUCUCUGCAAUGGUGCGCGAAGAUAAUCUUCAGUCGAUCGUCCAACAAAUCCUAUCGCAUCUCGCUCAAGAUACUUCGUCAUCCGUCUUACCAACCGCUGCCCAAUCUCUCGCCCAAAAUGCUAUUUCUUCAUCCCCUGGCAGCUCCAAACCAAACAUCCGCCCCACUCAAUCCCCAGCAUAUCGCUUAGUCCUGUGCGAGCGAAUCCUGACCAUGUGUUCGCAGUCCAUGUACGAAAACGUCACCAACUUCGAGUGGUACCUCUCUGUCCUCGUCGAUCUUGCGCAUAUAGCGAAUGUCGACAUCGGCAAAGCUAUACGCGAUCAACUUGUGGAUAUAGUAGGAAGGGUGAAAUCUGCCAGGCGAUAUGCUGUCAAGCUUAUGUAUUCGCUGCUGAGUGACGAUUCCAUGUUGUUGAACGCACAGGAUGAAGGGAGUUGCUCGGAAGUGCUGUGGGCCGCCGCAUGGAUAUGUGGAGAGUACUGCAGCGAACUGGCUGAGCCACAAAAGUUGAUACCGUACUUCCUACGGCCAGAGAUGUCAAAUCUGACGCCCGAUAUCGUUGCCGUCUACCUUCACGCUGCUGUCAAGGUAUUUGGCUACUGGGCGGCUGAGCUAGCUCAGCGGUGGAGCUGGGCAAAUGACGAUCUUCCGGAUGUCAAAGAAAUCGUGGAUUCGAUGGUUGUAGGUAUGAGGGAGUUUGUGACCAGCCCGCAUAUAGAGGUCCAGGAACGGGCAGCAAACGCAGUCCAACUAUUCAACUUCAUCCAAGCCGAUCUCAGCGCGAAUCCAUCGAAGGCCACCGACCAUACGGGCGAACAGUCUGGUGAAGCAAUGUUCACCGAUGAACCAAACUUUCCUAAGAGCUUGUUCCUCCUCAACCCGCUCUUCGCCUCCGAACUUAAUCCCGUAGCAGUGAAUGCGCAGGCCAGCGUCCCCGUCCCCGCGGGACUGGACCUUGACGCUUGGAUCGUGCCGCCGCCAGUUGUCAAUGAGACAGCGGAUCAGGAAGCUGGGUCCAGCGAUCUGAAGAAGGUCAAGAAGUCCAAGAAGGGAAAGGGAAAGGCAAUCACGGCGAAUGGUACAAAAGGCAAGAAAAAAGCGGCUGGACGCGAAAUGGAAGUCGAGCUAGUACCAAGCGAACCUGCGGAGACAGCAGAGGAGCGAGCAGAAAGGGAAAGGCGGAAAGCUGAAAGACUGGAGAGAUUGAAAGACGAUCCUUACUACAUCAUUGACGAUAAACCACCACCUAGGCCAACAGAGGAUGUCGAUUCGAUACCGAUAGUACGACUAGAUGAUAUGCCGUCGUUGAUUCCUGACUUCAAAGACAUGGGGCAGCCUAUACUUCGAGAUCGUCCGCCAUCCUUGGACCCGCCAGUGAUCGACAGAGUAGGGGAGAUGCCAGAAGGUGCUAUCGUACCACCUCCGCUACCGCAGCAGUCAUCUUCACGCCCGUCUACGCCUGCUCAAAGUUCAUCAUUCCCUACAUAUGAUGUCGCUGAGGAUAUAGACAUACCGAGGACGAAUUCCAUGGACCCGAUCAAGGUGACACGAGUCAAGAAGAAAAAGGGUACGGGGAAGAAGAAACCAACAAUAGUAUAA